AUGGAUUUGUAUCCGUUGGUUUUCUUCCAAAUCGUGUACACAACACUUCAUAUUACUAUAUUGUCUGAUUAUUGGAUUGUGUGGAUUCUCGAGUCGAAUAGGGGACAUCAAGAAGAGGAUGAUUUGGAUACUACUGUAGAUACUGAAGAAAUCAUUGAUAGUAGUGAUGAUGAAGAUUUGAAAUAUAACGACUGUUUUGAUCAGGACAAAAAUGACUUGAGAUAUCACGACUUAAAAUGCAGCGUCUGCCAAUCAUUCUAUCAUGAAUCAAUAGAGAAAAGAACUCCAAAUUUGUUGUCAUGUGGACACACGGUUUGUUCUGGAUGUGCAAAGAUGCUCUACAAAAUAGACUUCAAUGUCUGUAUCUCGUGUCCAAUAUGUAGGGAAAAGACUGACAUUGAUUACAAUUACGACGAAUUAAAGAAGAACUACGCUCUACUCGGAAUCAUACAAGAAAUGAAGCAAGAUAAGAAGACGUGGAGUUUUGUCAUUAUCCUAUUCACUCUGCGGUAUUUCAAUAUUUGGUUCAGUUUGUAUCCGUUGGUUUGUUUGCAAAUCGUGUACACAUCACUUCAUAUUACUAUAUUGUCUGAUGUAGUGAUUGUGUGGAUUCUCGAGUCGAAUAGGGGACAUCAAGAAGAGGAUGAUUUGGAUACUACUGUAGUUACUGUAGAAAUAAUUGAUAGUAGUGAUGAUGAAGAUUUGGAAGAUAAGGACUGUUUCGAUCAGAAGAAAAGUGAUUUGAGAUAUCACGACUUAAAAUGCAGCGUCUGCCAAUCAUUUUAUCAUGAAUCAAUAGAGAAAAGAACUCCAAAAUUGUUGUCAUGUGGACACACGGUUGGUUCUGGAUGUGCAAAGAUGCUCUACAAAAAAGACUUCAAUAUCUGCAUCCCGUGUCCAAUAUGUAGGGAAAAGACUAAAAUUGAUUACGUCGAAUUAAAAAAGAACUACGCUCUACUCGGGGUUAUCCAAGAAAUGAAGCAAGAUAAGAAGACGGUUCAACGGAGACACAGUCUUUCAUAG